UUCAUUAGCGUUAUUAUUUAAUAUGUACAUAUUGUGUUGUUAAAAGUAACGUUAUUUCAACACCCUGUGGAGAAAGCCAUUGUUUUUACCGAGCUCCGAACAGGCAGUAAUAUAUAAUGGUUUUCAUUGGUUUAGUUAACGUUACUGUUUACACCCGCUGCUCAGGAGUAAUGAGUUAUAACACUUAAAGACGUUAUAACUAGCCUACGUUGCCUAAUCCGCCCCCAGUUCUGAAGUUACAACCACGGGUUAUAAAAGGGUUAUAAGUGAAGUUUAAACGUUUUAAAUAAUAUAACGUUUUAUAUAUAUGCUAAAAUAUGCUGUUCUGUGACGAGGAAAGUAUGACUUUUUCAGUAUGAAAAUGAUUUUAUAAUGAGUUUAUAAAGUCUGAAUUUACGCUCCAUAUGAACCCGUUAACUUUUGGUAUCACUCAGCAGCGCCCCCUGGUGACGGUCAGGACUAAGGUGUAGUUGUAGUAGCGCUCCGUCAGGCCCGCAGGGGGCAGCACUCAUAUCAGCAGCAGCUGCGCCGCAUUCCGCCUUUGUUCCUUCUGAUGCAGAAGAAAGUGUAGAAAGUAAAGAUGGCGGCGGAACGGGAGCGGAGUGUUUUCGGGGGAUUUUGAUAGAAACUGCGGCGUUUCAGGAGCUUUAACAGCCCGAGCAGGCCAAGCCGCGGGGUUAGGUAGCGGAGGGAAGGCCCGCAGGGUGAUUGCGGUGCGGGUUUAAUCCGGUUCAUAUCUUUAAACCCGGAAUAAACACUACUCCCCCCUCCAGCGCUGCAGCGGGGCCUGCUCCCUCUCCCCGCCGCGCGGAGCUUUGGGCGGAUCCGGGCUGAUAAAGCGGCCCCCGGGCUGAAGCCUCUCCGGCUGCGGGUCACAGAAAGACUCGGUUCUUAAAGAAUCAAAUCCUAGAAACCUCCGCUCAACAUGGAGGCCAAGCGGAGCCGCGCCAAGACCCAGCCGCCCAGCAGCGGCAGCAGCGACUCCAGUGGCGGGCCCGCGUCCCCCGCCAGUCCCGCAGCGCCUCCCGCCGCUGCCGGUAACGCGUUUGCCAACGACGGGAGCUUCAUGGAGCUGUUCAAGAAGAAGAUGGAAGAGGAGGAGAGGAGGAAGAGGGAGCUGCAGGAGGAGGAGGAGAGCAAGAGCGAGCAGAUCAGUGCGGUCGCGGGACAGUCCUCUCUCAGCAAGAAGACGCUAAACCCGGCGGCCAGCUUUGUGGGCAAGCGGAGAGGCGGCGCCAAGUUGGCCCUCAAGACUGGCAUGGUCGCCAAGAAGCAGAAACUGGAUUCGGAGGCUGAGGCGGGUAAAGGAGACGCCUGGUCUAAGUACAUGGCCGAAGUGAAAAAAUACAAAGCUCACCAGUGUGGAGAUGACGACAAAACCAGACCGCUGGUCAAAUAGACUCAAAGGAGCAGCCGCCAGACCCUCUCUCUCUCCAGACUGCCAGGCCACCGAACACGCAGCCGAUGAAAAGCCUCACUGCUUAAUUUUUGUUUGGUUUAGUUUUAUUUUUCUUCCCCUCGAACGUUUUGUUUAUAGGUUCCUAAUUUUAGUAUGUAUGCGGUCUGUGCCAGCUGCAGUGAUGUAUGGUGAUUCAGAUGCUUUUUAAAGGUGUCAUUUGAGCCUUAUUAUGAUAAUUAUUGUUAUUAUUACAGAACGUAAGAAUAUUUGUGGUGUUUGUUGUAUUUGCACUGACAUCACACCAUGCUAUUUUGUACCUCGGCUCCCCUUCCACUUUCCGUAUCACCUGAAUUAAAGGGUAAAAUAUCAAACCA